AUGUCUAGAGAUCGGUUUCCUUGGCAUCUCGGAAAUGUGCAUUUAGAAGAUGGUCGCGACUCGCCAAAUUAUGACAAGUUGUAUAAAGUUCGCCCUUUAUUGGAGACUUUAUCUGAAACCUUUCGUUCUUCAAAUGGCACUUCAAAACAUCAAUCCAUCGACGAAUCUAUGAUUCGAUUCAAAGGUCGCAGUUUCUAUAGCAGUUUAUGCCUCUCAAGCCCAACAAACAAGGUUAUAAAGUCUGGGUUCGAUCCGAUGAUAACGGGGUUAAUCGGCGCCAGUGAUGAUAAAACUUCACGGAGUAAGGUUACAGCAAAACAUUUCAAGAAAAUUGUGUUGAAAAACGCUUUGAUCAAUGUUUGCAUAUGCCACAACACGGGACAUCCAGACGAUGUGCCUUUUGUAGCACUAGUAAGGAUCCUCACAGAACCAGGUGGGAAUGUGUGA